UUCCAGCAAGUACCACUUCCUGGGGUACAAGGGCAACUUCGUGUGUCCAUAACAUGACCUAGCUGGCUUGCUAAAUGAGCUUAACAAAUGUCUAUUACUUCGCUAUUUUCAUGUUUUCACCGGACAACGGCUGUCAUGCAUAGGUCAACGCUUCUUCUACGGCUGACCCACCAAGCUUUGGCCCACCGCAGAGGGCUAUGUCUAGUAAGAAGAUCAUCCACUCGUCUUGUCCUCAACACACAACCCCACGCACCCAAUCUACCGUGCGGUGGCCGCAACGCACCCUUCCUUCAUCACAGCCCCCAGGGUCUCUCUUCACCGUCAGCCCACGUCCUCUUCGCAAAAUGCUCAGACCUGUCGAGUCAAAAUUACACCCUCAUCUACUCACUACCUCACAUCAUGCUGCUCAGAGCGGUAUCCAGACUCAAACUGCUCCAGACGGGCAUCACAGUGGUCUUACUUCCCCCUGUCUACUACAUGUAUCUCCAAGGAGACGCGUCGGACCUCCUAGUCGUCUACAGCACCGGAAUAGCGCUCUUUGCCGGUACAAUGCUGUACACCGCGAGUCACUUCUUUCGACGCGUUGUGGGGAUGAUGUACGUGGAUUCGGCGCAGACUACGCUUAGGGUAUCUCACCUGACUUUUUGGGGCAAACGGACUGACGUUUACAUGCCGGUGUCGGAUGUGAUGACCGUGGGAGAUGCGGGGGAUUCUAUCGGUGAACCUAUACUGAAACUGAAACGCUAUAGUUGUGCUGAUACGCUCUAUUUUUCUACCCGCCUCGGACGAGUAGUAGACCGCCAUACCUUUGAGAAAGUGUUUGGAACCCUUACUUGAUACUGUAGGGUGUGUGAAUACAAUUCUGCACAAGCAAUUAUGUAUAUUAAAAUUAAAAUGAAUAAUUGUUGUGCUUUGUCAGUUAAAUAAUCAGUGGCAGAUUUUCAGAAUACCUAAUAUAUUGGAGGAAAAAAAAGUUUAUUUAAAAUUAUACAGCAACUUUAUUUGACCUUAACAGGACACAGCAGGACACAACAAUACAAUCACUGUUAGUUUAGCAGUACAAUACACAAGUCAGCUAGGAUACUAUACUCCUACAAAAUGUAAUAACCCACUGACAGGAAGAGAGACCUGUACAUAUUAACUUGUGCAGUUACAGUUUUGCCCAGGAAACAAAUGAGUGCAAUCGUGUCAUAUGAAUUUGUUGAAUAGCAGCCAGUGGCAAGCAUCUCUGGAUGAUUGGCACAGAUCAGUUACAUUAAUAUUUACAGUUACCUGAAGCGUGUUUUGAUUUGCUUCACACAUUGCUGGCAUUGGUCUGACCUGAUCUGGUCUCAUUGCUGCCAAGUGCACCUGAAGUAAUUCACAGUGUCUGACAUCAUCUGUGUAGACUUCAGACAACCAGACCGUCUCAACAACUGUUUGCGGGGCGUCACAGCCCCUUACUUUAGCUCAGCGAUGGCGUCGUUGAAGAUGUCCAGGAAGAGGUGGGCGUGGCGUUCCUUAAACACCAACGAGGGGCGGAACCGGAUCGAGCUGGUUCCACAGCCCCCCA